AUGGCAAGGGGGAGUGGUAUGCUGGGAGAAGAGAGGGAAAACAAGAGAAAGGAGGGGCAGAGGAUCGAAUUGUCAGCACUCUCUAGCCGGGGCGGUGGUCUGCUGGCAGGGAUAUUGAACGGGUCCCUGGGCAGUGAUUUUCACAGUCCACUGUCGUACGACGGCACGGGACCUAGAAGAGGUUCCACAGGCGUUCGCCCUCAUCAGGAGUAUAGCGAGGCUGCCUCGUCAGCUCUCCGUAUCGGGCAUAUUCAUGGGCCCUGGGGUUCCCUUCCCCCCCAAGAGCAGCCACGAACGCCUCUGGAGCGCAUCGUGAGCGACUUCAAAUAUGGUCUCCUCGACCUGGCUGCGACGCUGGCGAAACCGUCAGAGGACUGGCUAUCAUUCGCUUGUUUUGGCCUGCGGGUGCCCAAGCCAGCGCGUAGUAUCAUUGGAGAAUCUAACCUGGCCGUGACGACUGUGCCGGGAGCGAAUUGGAAUAAAGUUAUCUCACCAAACUCAUUGGUCGUCUAUAAGCUUAUCCUUCCCGCAGCCGGUGGGGUUUCCUCCGAACGCGGUUGUGGCAACUCAGGUGGCCCUGGGUCGAAGACGUCGAUGUUCAAUCUGGGCAAGAUACUUGGGGCGGAUGCCACUGGCAGCUGUGCGGUGACCGACGACCAUGCUCUUGUGGAUGUCACAUAUUAUUGUCUCCCGAACCGGGGCAUGGGUGGCUGCCCUUCUGGUAUUGAAGGGGAUGGCACUGUCGACGGCACGGGGGGCCCUCGGACUGGAUAUAUCUGGGAGUCCUUGGGAGUUUCGCUUGAGCUACGCUUGCGUGAGGUGGUGGCUUGGUGGCUAUGGGCAAGGUGCUCGCGAGGAAUGCCAUUGCAACGUGAUGCAGUGGCCCACGACCGUGCUCUUGUUGGUCAACUCGGGCUAUUGUCGCUUGAGGUGGGGCCUAUGUGGCUGCCCGUCGGCAUCGACGGCGAAGGUCUUGUGAUAGAUUCGCUUGAGCGACGCUUGCUCGAGGCUGUGGUUGGGCGGUUCCGGGUCAAAGGCGUCGACGGUGAUCGUGCGAAGGUGGUCUCCACUUUGGUCUUGAGCGACGCGACUUUCCGGGUGAUGGGAUUGGAUCGGCCACGGGAUAAAGGCUAUAGGACGUCCCCAGCGGUGCUCUUGACGUCGGCAUGGUUCCGUAGACAUCUCUGA